AUGCAAGGCUUUAAUAAGGUGUGUGCCCUCCGACACAUCACUGCACGUUGUAUCCUUGGCUCUGACACCAUCGCUCAUUGCUACCGAUCGCAUCCCUUUGACGCGAGCAAUCUGGCUGCCUUGGGCGAUAUAGUACUACCCACCGGACUAUGUGCCGGAGCAAGGUUCACUGAACAGGGUUCAUGGAAAACAUGCAUUGGGUGAUCGGUGAGUUUCGCACCCUUUGCCGUCCACUCGCCACCCCAUCGCUCGCUUGCCGGCCCUGAUGGCCUGAUGGGCCCCACACCCAAGACUCGUUCGAUUUCGCGCUAGAAGUCGUCUAGGAAGGAGCUCGCUUGAUGAGCGUACAUCACUAACCUUUGCGCAUCGACGAUUUCCUUGACUGCACACAGCGCCCGCAAGCUGGACAAGGGCAUUCUCAUCGUUCGCUUCGAGUUACCCUUCAACAUCUGGUGUGGCCAUUGCGAGGGGCAUAUCGGCCAAGGUGUAAGGUACAACGCCGAGAAAAGGUGCGUCUACUAUGUCACUUCCUGAGACUUCGCCACCUCCAUCAGGGAGAAAGCAGGUUGCUGCACCUCUUCAAGAAGCAGGUUGCUGCACUUCUUCAAGAGAUUCAGUUUCACUAUGCUGACGAUUGGGCUUGAUAUUCCGCCUAUACGAGCAGCAAGGUUGGCAACUACUACACGACCCCCAUUUGGAACUUCCGCUGCAAAUGCCACUUGUGCCAGAAAUGGUUCGAGAUCCGAACGGACCCUCAGGUCAGUUGUGACGCCGCGACGUGGCUGGGCUGUUUCACUCCGAGGCGCGUGGUGCCCCAGAGCUGUGAGAUCAUUGACUUGAUUCGGCAAUCCUCUUUCGUCUCAUGCCAGAAUACAAGAUAUGUAGUGCAUUCUGGCGCACGUCAACAAAAUCAAGACUGGGAUCCAGCCGAGAACGGAGGGGUCGUACUGGGUAAGACCCGAGUCGAAAAUACGAGUCAUCAGCAUUGGUGAACACGUGUCUUAACUGUGCCGAUAUCAAUUGUGUCCAGACGAAAGGAUCGCGGAUCCCAGCGGUACGCCCGACCCCUUUGCCGUAUUGGAGAAGUCGCAAACGCAACGAUCGAAAGCUCUCACGGCCGCUGCUCAGCUGAACGCGUUGGAAGAAGAUCGGGAUGCACAAUGGUCGGAUCCUUACGCGACAUCCUCUCGCCUACGUGCUUCCUUCCGCCAGGCAAAAAAGGCGCGUCUCGCAAGCGAGGCGAGGGCGGAAGACGUUCGAGAUCGGUACGGUCUAGGGGAACGGGUAGCGAAGGAUCAUCUGAAGACGCCUGCCCGCCAAGAGGAUCGGGACCAAGAAGAGAGGGAAUGGAAGAGAGCAAAACAACAGCAAGAGCUCUUUGCGCGAGAGCAGCGAUCUGGCUUGACGAGUCAGCAUAGACCUGUCGGCGUGAGAACAAUCCGCGACAAGCACGUCCAACCUUCGUCAACCUCUGCGCUGCGGUCUCGUUUGCGCCUUUCAACAGCGCUUAGGGACAAUACCUUCUCAAGUUCUUUAUCAUCUUCAAGCUCGUCAUCGCAUGGAAUGAAACGGUCUCGUGCCGCCCUGCAAGGCAUCGUGAAAGUCGUUCCAAGAACCUCGGAGUAG